CCCCCAUCACCCACUCUCUAUCCCUCUCCCGUCCUCACACUCGUCUCGCCGCCACUCUCCAGUCCUCCUCCGCUCUACUGCAACUGGAGUGGAGAUCCAUCCGGAUCCUCCAUGCCCCACGUCAGCUGAUUGCUGCCGGGAGCUGAGAUGGGGCUCGAUUUGGUCGGCUUCGGUUCCCGGGUGCUGCCGAACAGGGUCGGCCAUGCCGCAGACCGGCGGCACGCCGGUGGCGGAGCUGCCACAUGCCAUGGCUUCUUCAUCGACGCCAGAAGGAGGAGCAGUCUGAUGACGACUCUCAAGGAUGGCGUGGUUUGCUGCCCGCAGGACGCCGGCGGCGCGGCGUCCACGCUGAUUGCAUCCGGCCCAUCUGAAACUGCGACGGCGGAUUUGGGUCGGGAUAUCGCGGACGCCAUCACAUCUGCCCAGAGGAGUUCUGCAGGGAGGAACAAAGGGAGCAGGUCAUGGAGGAGAGUACCAACAAGCGGGGACAAGCCGGCAAAGCCUGUAGCUCCCAGGCGUGCCCCUGUGAGAAAAGACACGCAAGUGCGCAGAGUUCUGGUCAAUGAUGACAACGUCAACGCGAUCUUGUCGGGCGUCAGCCGCGAGUCCAGCAUCGAGCACUGCAACUCCGUUCUGAUCCGCCUCGAGAAGCACAGCGAUGUGAAGGCGCUCGACUUCUUCGUCUGGAUGAAGGCCAACGGGAAGCUGGUGGGGAACGCCGACGCCUACCACCUAGCUCUCCAAGCCAUUGCCUGGAAGGAGGACUGGAGGAGGGCCGAGCUGCUGCUCCACGAAAUGGUUGCCGUUUCAGGUUGCUCGCUGGAUGCUCGGGCGUUCAACGGGCUGAUAUACGCCUGUGCCAAGAGGAGGCUUGUUGAGUGGGGAACGAAGUGGUUUAGCAUGAUGCUGGAGAGAGGGGUGCAGCCGAAUGCGUCUACCUUUGGUAUGCUUAUGGGCCUUUAUCAGAAGACGGGGAACCUCAGGGAAGCUGAAUUCACCUUUGCGAAAAUGAGGGAAUGUUAUGUUAAGUGUGUCAAUGCGUACUCGGCUAUGAUUACUCUGUAUACUCGGUCAGGCCUUUUCGCCAGGUCCGAGGAGGUUAUUGUUCUGAUGGAAGAUGAUGGAGUUGCUCCAAACAGGGAGAACUGGUUAGUGCGGCUAAAUGCUUACAGCCAGCAGGGUAAAAUGGAAGAGGCAAGAUUUGUGUUGCAGUCCAUGGUGGAUGCUGGAGUUGCCCCAAAUGUUGUGGCGUACAAUACUGUGAUUACAGGCUAUGGAAAGGUUUCUGACAUGGAAAAGGCAGAGGCGGUUUUUGACAGUCUUGAGGGUGCAGGUUUAGCUCCUGAUGAAACCACCUAUAGAUCAAUGGUAGAAGGUUUUGGUAGAGCAGACAAACAUGAAGAGGCAAUUUCGUACUACAGGAAGCUCAAGAGGUCCGGUUUUCAGCCAAAUGCGUCCAACUUUUACACAAUGGUUAACUUAACAGCAAGGCAUGAUGACAAUGAAGUCGCCGCUGAAAUUCUUAGGGACAUGAGGGCAGCAGGCUGCCAGUGUUCGUCAAUUGUUACUAUUCUUGUCCGGGCAUAUGGAGCAGUUGAAAAGAUGCAUAAGGUUCUUCCAAUUCUACAGUCAUGCUUCUACAAGAAGGUCUUGUAUGAUGCUACCUCAUGUUCUAUUUUGGUAACAUCAUUUGUUCAAAAUUCUUUGCUGGAAGAAGCUCUGCGUGUUUUGCCUGAAAAGAAGUGGAAAGAUUCUGAUUUUGAGGACAGUUUAUACCAUAUCCUGAUAUGCUCUUGCAAAGAGGCUGGCAGUUAUGAAGAUGCUGUACGGAUCUACAAUGUGAUGCCGAAGUCCCGAACGCAACCAAAUCUCCGCAUUGCUUGCAGUAUGAUUGAUGUUUUCAGCACCAUGGAGAGAUUUGCUGAUGCGGAAACUUUGUACCUUGAACUGAAAGCUUCACCUUGUGUGCUUGACAUGAUUGCUUAUAGUGUCAUUGUGCGGAUGUAUAAUAAAGCUGGAAGACCAGAAGAUGCUUGCUCAGUUUUGGAAGAUAUGGAUAAACAAGCAGACAUAGUUCCUGAUAAAUACCUUUUUCUUGAUAUGCUUCGGACUUACCAAAAGUGUGGCCAGUUCGAGAAGUUGACUGAUACAUACUAUUCGAUACUAAAGAGCGAAGUUGAAAUUGAUGAAGCCAUGUAUAACUGCAUCAUCAACUGCUGUGGGCCAGCAAUACCAGUUGACGAGCUCUCGAGAAUUUUUGAAGAAAUGAUUCAACUAGGACACUUGGCUAACACUGUUACCCUAAAUGUAUUGUUAGAUAUAUAUGGAAAAGCAGGGCUUUUCAAAUGGGCUGAAAAGGUAUUAAACAUGGCUCGGAAGCAUGGACUGGCAGACGCCAUAUCAUACAAUACUAUCAUUGCAGCGUACGCGCAAAGUGGAGAUUUCCGCAGCAUGACUUACUUCGUCCAGAAGAUGCAGGAUGCAGGAUUUCCUGUUUCUCUGGAGGCAUACAAUUGUAUGCUGAAUGCUUACGGAAAGUCAGGCCAACUGGAGGAGUUCUCUGCUGUUUUGCAGAGAAUGAGGAGAGCGAAAUGCGACUUCGACCAUUACACUUACAAUAUUAUGCUGAAUAUAUAUGGGAGAAAGGGUUGGAUUGAAGGCGUUGCCUGUGUUCUUUCAGAGCUAAAGAGCCGCGGCGUUGAACCAGACCUGUACAGUUACAACACCUUGAUAAAGGCUUACGGGAUAGCGGGAAUGCCCGAAGAUGCUGUCAAACUGAUGCAAGAGAUGAGGAUUAAAGGUAUUGACGCUGAUCGAGUAACAUACAGUAACCUGAUAGCAGCUCUACAAAGGAAUGAAAAUUUCCUAGAAGCAGUCAAGUGGUCCCUGUGGAUGAAGCAAACGGGAGUUGUAGGGGUUGGAACUCGAGCAUAAUAGCAUUCAGGUUUUGGUUGCGCAUAAUGCUGCGAAACACCACCUCCUCAAUCGAGUACAUACAUAUAUAGUGAUGUUGUGCAAAGCAGCAUAGCUGAUUGCCUGAUUGUUCUGUAUCUGACAGGGGUUUACAAACUUGUAGAUGAAAUUCAGUCGGUGUAAAGCAACAAUGGGAAGUUAUAUCAUACUUAUCAUACAAUUGUAAAUUUACCAUGACAGUAACUUGAAACUUGGAUGAUGGAUUAAAGGAAGUCAACGAGAAGUUCUAUUUUGA